AUGACUGUCGUUGAUAAGCCUCCUUCUGUUACUUUGGCGCAAGGCCAAGUGGUGGGGACGAAGCUCAGGGAUUCCUUCCCCCAACCUGUCGACGCCUUCUUGGGUGUCCCCUAUGCCCUUCCCCCCGUCGGUGAUCGUCGCUUCAGGCCUGCCGUUGAAGUUCCGGGCUCAUCAGAAACCAUUGACGCGUCGAAGUAUGGCCCUGCCGCCCCCGGAAAAGCACUUCUCUCUGGCGGCCCGAAGCUCGUGCAGAGUGAAGAUUGCUUGACGGCAAACAUUUUCAGACCAACGGAUCGCAAAGAGGAAGAGAAGCUCCCAGUCGCAGUUUAUAUUCAUGGGGGUGCUUUCAAUCGAGGAUCGGCAGCUAUGCACAGCACUGCCUCUAUGGUAGCGUGGUCCGAGAAACCCUUCAUUGCCGUGAGCUUUGGCUAUCGAAUUGGAGCUCUUGGAUUCCUUCCUUCAAGUCUAUCUCAGAAGGAGGGGUUGCUGAAUCUUGGAUUGCGUGAUCAAAUUCACCUGCUGCAGUGGGUCCAAAACAACAUCACCAAAUUCGGCGGUGAUCCCACCAAUGUCACUUUGUUCGGUCUUUCUGCGGGCGCACACUCGAUUGGCCACCACCUUCUCAAUUACGAUGAACACCAAUCACCAUUAUUCCACAGAGUCAUCAUCGAAUCAGGGGCGCCUACUUCUCGCGCCGUUCGCCCAUACAAUGCUAAAGUCCAUGAGGAGCAAUUCGCCGACUUUCUGAAGGAGGUUGGCUGUCCACCCGACUUGCCCGAAGCCGAAAUCUUCCCUUUCCUUCGAUCGCUUCCUAGCCUGACCGUUACAAAUGCCCAAACGGCGGUUUUCGACAAAUACAACCCUUCCCUCCGCUGGGCCUUCCAACCCGUGAUUGAUGGGGAUCUGAUCUCCCGUAAGCCUUUGGAGGCAUGGGAAUCAAAAAUCUGGAACAAAGUCCCUAUCAUGACUGGAUUCAAUGGGAACGAGGGAACCAUGUAUGUGGAUAAAAAUAUGUCAGAGGCUUCCCAGUUCCGCGACUUCUGGCACAAGCUCCUUCCAGAGCUCUCAUCCUCUGACCUGGACACGAUCGAGAGUCUUUAUCCGGACCCUUCUCUUGUCCCAACGUCACCAUAUGUUGAGACCAGGGUAAAUGAGGGCCUCGGUCCACAAUACAAGCGCAUCGAGGCUGCCUAUGGCCACUAUGCCUACGUGGCACCGGUUCGACAAACAGCUCAUUUUGCCUCAUCACAAGGCGCCCCUGUUUAUCUUUAUCACUGGGCACUGCCGAGGACCGUUGUUGGCCGAGCAAACCACGGCGACAACAUGUACUAUGAGACUUACAACUCUGGCAUUACGGAGAUUUCUGAAUCUCAAAAGGAACUUUCUGGAACUCUUCAUGCUUAUCUGACAAGUUUCAUUACAACUGGUGACCCCAAUUCCAGCUCCGGUCGAGGUGGGCAAUAUGAACAACGGCCCGCAUGGCAGCCUUAUCAGCCGGAAGACAGAAAGGUUAUGAUAUUCGGAGAAGGAAACGAGGAGCUCAUUGGAGGUGACACUGCACCCCCUGCUAAGUGUGUCGCAGAUGAUUGGGCGAAGGAAGAGACUGAGUUCUGGUGGUCGAAGGUGCCAAUCUCUCAACUUGCUUGA